GUAGCGGCGCUGGAGAGGCAGAUCUUUGAUUUCCUGGGCUACCAGUGGGCACCCAUCCUGGCGAAUUUUUUACACAUCAUGGCCGUUAUUUUGGGUAUUUUUGGGACCAAAAAACUCAGUUCCCGAUCAAAAUCCCUCCUGAUGGUAGGGAGCUGGGUCGUGCUGUGGGUCGGCUGGAACGCCUUCAUCAUCUGCUUCUACCUGGAGGUCGGACGCUUGUCGCAGGACCGAGACUUCAUCAUGACCUUCAAUACCUCACUGCACCGCUCGUGGUGGAUGGAGAAUGGGCCGGGCUGCCUGGUGACGCCAGUGAUGAACUCCAACCUGGCGCCUGAGGACCAUCAUGUCAUCACUGUCAGCGGCUGCCUGCUCGACUACCAGUACAUCGAGGUAGUGAGCAGUGCCACGCAGAUAUUCCUGGCGCUCUUUGGCUUCGUCUACGCCUGCUACGUCAGCAAAGUGUUCCUGGAGGAAGAAGACAGCUUUGACUUCAUCGGCGGGUUUGACUCCUACGGCUACCAGGCGCCACAGAAGACGUCACACCUACAGCUACAGCCGCUCUACAC